AUAUAGGGAGUCAACAGAGCCAUAGAUAUUAGAUCUGAUCAUUUGGAAGUAAAACUAGUUGAAAGGUUAAGAAAAAAAAAAGACAGAGAAAGAAUGACAGAAACGGAGCAAAAGGAGGUAGAAGAAAAGGGAUCGUUGAUCUCAGGCUUGUUGGAUAAAGCUAAAGGUUUCUUUGCCGAGAAGCUUGCUAAUAUUCCGACGCCGGAAGCCACCGUGGACGACGUAGACUUCAAAGGUGUGACUCGUCAAGGAGUUGAUUAUCACGCCAAGGUCUCCGUCAAGAAUCCUUACCCUCAGGCCAUCCCUAUUUGCCAGAUCUCUUACAUCCUCAAGAGUGACACAAGGAUGAUAGCGUCUGGAACAAUACCGGAUCCGGGUUCGUUGAUCGCGAACGGGUCCACGGUUCUGGACGUUCCGGUCAAGGUGCCUUACAGCAUAGCGGUGAGUUUGAUGAAGGACAUGUGUUUGGACUGGGACAUUGACUAUCAACUCGACAUUGGACUGACCAUCGACAUUCCUAUUGUUGGUGACAUUACCAUUCCUGUCUCUACUCAGGGUGAGAUGAAGCUCCCUUCCCUUCGCGACUUCUUUUAAUCAUCUCUGUAAGUUAUAAUCUGAUUUUUCAAUAAGUACGAUCCGUAAACGACAUAGACGAUCGUUGGAUGUUUCAGUUGUGGACUCUUGUGUUUGUUGGUUAUAUGUAUUUGUUGCUUUGAAUAUUUUGUUGGUGAGAGUUAAAAACUACAAGAUGUCAUAGUUCGAAUACUAACGAAGUGAUGGAGAGUAAUUUAAUC